CCCUGCACCACAAGCAGGAAGAGCGUUCUCUCGCAGGGGUUCACUCUGAUCCAAGUUAGGAGCUUUCAGCUGCCAGCCUUGGCCCAUCAUGUAAGUGCUGCUGCGAAUUCUUUGCAGAGCAGUUGCAAAAUUACCUCUUUUUCCGACGCCGGAGGGGGCCGUGCAUUCACACCAGCGCCCUGUGCACGGACACGCACGCUUCGGACGCAAAAAGGCUCAAAGUGCAUGAGGAUCGAGGCUUGUAUUUUGCAUCUUUGUUGCAAAGCAAGCCGCUGAAGCUCCAGUACGAGGGCGAUGGAGGGAGGGAGUGAGAAAGAAGGCAAAGUCUUUUGUGCUUCCCCUCCCCCUCUUCAAAGCAAAGGGGAAAUGUCUCAGCCAAAGGGAGGAAAGAAGAAACCAGUGCUCAAGCUCUCCAAGGAAGUGUUUGAGCAACCUGCUCCUGCUGCCGUGCCACCCAGAGAUUUGGACUCCAAGGCUUGUGUAACGAUUGGAGAAAAGAAAUGUGAGGUGAAGGCAGACGACCUGGAGCAGAUCUGCGAGCUCGGCAGAGGCGCCUAUGGCGUGGUGGACAAGAUGAGACACGUGCCCAGCGGUCUGAUCAUGGCUGUUAAGAGGAUCCGGGCCACAGUGAACACUCAGGAGCAGAAGAGGCUGCUGAUGGAUCUGGACAUCUCCAUGAGGACUGUGGACUGCUUUUACACGGUCACCUUCUACGGGGCGCUCUUCAGAGAGGGCGACGUGUGGAUCUGCAUGGAGCUGAUGGACACCUCUCUGGACAAGUUCUACAAGCAGGUGAUUGAGAAGGGGCUGACCAUCCCGGAGGACAUCCUGGGAAAGAUAGCCGUCUCGAUAGUCAAAGCUCUGGAGCAUCUGCACAGCAAUCUGCAAGUCAUACACAGAGACGUGAAGCCCUCUAAUGUGCUGAUCAACACUCAGGGCCAGGUGAAGAUGUGUGACUUCGGCAUCAGCGGCUACCUGGUUGACUCUGUGGCUAAAACCAUGGACGCGGGCUGCAAACCUUACAUGGCACCGGAGAGGAUCAACCCGGAGACCAACCAGAAAGGCUACAACGUCAAAUCGGACAUCUGGAGUUUAGGAAUCACGAUGAUCGAGUUGGCCAUUCUGCGCUUCCCGUAUGAAUCGUGGGGAACCCCGUUUCAGCAGCUGAAGCAGGUGGUGGAGGAGCCUUCGCCUCAGCUUCCUGCCGGCCAGUUCUCCCCAGAGUUUGUGGACUUCACCUCGCAGUGCUUAAGGAAGGUCUCCAAAGAACGACCGACUUACACAGAACUGAUGCAACAUCCCUUCUUCACUUUGCACGAGGCCAAAGAAACCGACGUGGCUAGCUUUGUGAAAGUCAUCUUGGGGGACUGAGCUGUGCGCUGGACCCCAUGAGAAGAGAAAUAUUUGAUCCAAUAAAAUGCCUCCUUCACAGCCCCACUACCUGCAGGACUCCCUCAACACCCCCACCCCUCCAGAGGCAAAUCCCAGUGCGUGCAGCACACCGAGAAGCCCAUCCCACCUGAGGGGCGGGGGGGACAGGUACACAUAAUCUGGAACAACUGAAGGUGUCCGAAUGCCAAACUUCCCUCCUGACCAGUUUCCAUCUCUGCACCUACUACCCGAGCAUCAGCAGUGGGAGCUGAGCACACGGCCCUCCGUCUGGGUCAAACUCUAGAUUUGUUUUCACUUUGCUGGAAAGGUGAAGAGUAUAUAAAGAGAUCCUUAAUAUGAUAGAGCUAUCUGUGUAUUAUCUACAUUUUGCCUAUUUGAAGCAAGUGUUGCAUCAAAAUAGUAACUGACUGCAUGAACAGAACAUAUCUUGGAUCGGUGAGGAUGAGUGCGAGUCAGAUCAUCUGCUUCAGGGCCGCCUGGUGGCCACAAAGAGGUACUGCACAACCGUUUUUCCUUGAUUGCAUUGGAGAGCUUUCAACAUGUCAUAGGCUCUUGUCCGCCUGUCAGUGUGUGCAUGUGUGUGUGCGUGGGCGUGUGUGUCUGGUGGGGCGGCAUGCAGGCACAGUUGCAGUGAUACAUUCAUAGCUGAUGUGUGGAACUGUCUUUCUAAGAUGUUUGUGUUUCUAUAAAUCCGUUUUGGAUUAUUUCAGAAUUUUAGGACAUCUUUAGCUUAAAGAUGGUUCAAAUAAACAUCUAAUUUAUUGAAGACUUUGUUAUAGUCAGUAAUUUUGCAAUGAAAAGUCUUUUUUUUUCACAUCAAAUCCUAUUUUAUUUUGUCAAAUUUGGUACUUCCUUAAAUAGAUUACAAUAAGAACAAAUGGAAAAUGAACUGAAAGAAAGGAUGUUUUUAUUGAUGGCCAAUAAAUUAAACACUGCAUGAUGGCUAGACAAAGCUAUCAUAUUCAUUACCAUAAACAUUAUUAGAUGUCUUGUUAUACUAGAGCAAAUGCUGAAGAAAUGAAAUUCUCCUUAUUUGUUUCAAAGAUUUUGAGAUUUUUGUUCAGAACUGUGUAAAAACACAGAAAUGUUUGGAAUUGGACUUCAGGUAAUCUAUUUAGGCGAAUCAUAAAGAUGAGAGUCCUGUUGUUCACUGAUGUUCUGUGGAGUCAUCCUUAUGCAGGUGUUACCUCAGAGCUGUUAGAAAGCCAGCAGAAACCUUUUUGAGCGGCUGUGUCGCCCACACACUGGUCAGUCUCUGGAACUCUAGUGGGACUACAGAAGUGAGCUGCAGCCCGCCGCCCCGCGUCUCAGCGGUUUGUGUGCCUCUGUUUGUCUGUGUGGGGACAAGAUGGUCCAUAUCCUCCUGUCGUCUGUACUGAGCCAAUUCUGAGCCUCUCCACUUCAAGAAAGGAACUGGAUGUUGUUACUUUUAAUGUUAUUAUUAUUAUUUUGUUAAUUAUUCUUCUUACUUAGCUCCAGAUUUCUCCUCCCAGACAAAUGUACUGCAGUUCCUCUUAUUUAUUAUGAGUGCCGUCUCCUUCUGGACACUUGACCGAUCCAUUAGAGACUUUAUUUUGUUUGUGUGGGCAUUGUAUGGGUUUGACUGUUUUGUUUGUCCUUUCUUUGCUAUGCUCAAGCACGUAAAAUGCUUUUCACCUGUAUUUGUAGCCUUCUAUGUGCCUGGAUAUAGAGACAACAGUAUGAAUGUGAAUCUGUUGCACUGAGAAGAUGCUGGGCUCGGCUGCCUCCUCUCCUCGUGUGCUGCACGCCAUCCUAAAUCCUGUUGCUUUGUGUCGUUCUGCUGCUUCAGGGCCAGGUCUUCAGAGCGUUCACCUUGUUCAUUUCUGUCAUUGUUUUCUUCUACUGCUUCUUUCAGGGGGAAGUGUGCAGAUAUCUUUGCUGUUAAUGCAAAUUGCUUAAAAAAAAAAAAAAACUAACUAAAAUGAAGUAAGAAAUGACCCUCAUCACUAGAGAGCAUCUUUUCUUGAAAAGAACUUAACGGCUCCUUACCUGCAAAAACACCCAUUUAAUUUUUUUUAAUUAUUGCUUCUAAAUUAAAAAAUAUGCAAGCUACACAACCAAAUUUGAGUAAGAUUAUGGGAUAUUCUUAAGUUUUUUUUCUCUUUUUACCUCUGAAUAUAUAUAUAUAUAUUAAAUGUGAACAGCAACACUGAGGAUUUAAUCAUGUUUGUUGCCACUUUCCUCUGCACUUUUAUUUUAUUUGAACUGAUGUUAUUUGCUAUUUUAUUUUCUGUAUUUCAUGUUGGUUUAUUUUUGGUUCGAUUUGUUUCCGCCCUGUGUUGGGCUGGCGACCUGUCCAGGUGAGCCCCGCCUUCAGUGGUGUGGUUAGCUUCAGCGACCCCAUGACCCCGUCUGGGAAGAAAUCAGGUUUAAAAAAUGAAUGGAGGGAUUUUAUUUAUUUUUUGAAAGGUUAUUUAAUGUUAUUUGAUUUAAUUUCCUUGAAAAGCUUUCAAAGAAAUGUGAGAAAACGUAUAGCUGGAAGACACACUAUGACAUGACUGCGCUUUGAAAUGUCCAGGCCUUAAGAUGGUCACAGCUCAAGUCUCUGACCUGUUGCCAUGGAAACCCAUGUUGUCACAUGGACAGGUGUGGGUAGGACUAUUCUUUUUUUCCCCUUUUUUAAGUUGUGUGAAAAGAAAAAGGAAGGAAGUCGCGACUCAUCAGAUCUAGUGGCGAUGACGGUGAGGGUCAUGGAGAACAGGAACAUCCAGGAAGGAAAUCCACAAACCCUACGGACCGCGCUGUCCGACUGGACAUAGACUGAAGGUGCAUUAACAGAAGCAGACUGGCCGACCUCUGCUGGGAGACUCUGUAUGUUGCCGUUGUUUUGCUGCUUCCCCCCAUGACCUGCUCGUUGAUCAGCUGGACGCUCCAUCGGUGCCCCCCCCCCAGCUUUGUCCUGACGUUGAUGGCUCAUCACAUCUGCUGAACAUCCCACUGCUUCAGUGUGAGUCAGACGGUCAGCAAAGGGCUCCUCCAUCAGGUCGCGUCUCAGUCUCUGCAGCCGGAGCUCCGUUCAGUUAAAGUCUCACAGUCCUGCCAUGAGUUCAGCUUCUUUAUCCUGAAGGUCUGGUUUAUCAGUUUCCUUUACUCUUCUACUAACUGAUCAGGCAAAUGUGACCCUACAGAGCAGACCGGAAGCCUUUGGUCCAUCGUCAGCCCUUGCAGCAGCGACACCUGUGUGUAGUAUUAGUUGGAUGUAGAUUUGUGAGCUUGUGUAUGGAAACACUUCUGGUUGUGAUGCCUAAAGCCCGUUUGGCUGCUUCAGUUCCUUUCCUGGAAACACUGACACUGCAUUCUGCUCUGACGUUUUUGCACUGUACCUGGGAGCCAUAUCACAGUUGCCCAACGGGAUUGUGUUUGUAUGUCUCAGUGGUGGAAAGCUGCGCUCGGAGUGACUUUAAAGAGGAAUUUGAAAGGCUCGUUACUUCUGCAUCGGAUGGUCAAAGCAGAACGUUCUUGUACACUUUGUUGUCGCUCAAACUGCGCGUUUGGAAAACAGCAACAAGGCUGCUCAGCAGUGCCUCUGGUGGUCAAAAACAAUGCAGCUGUGUGAACAGGAAGCUGAUCCAAAAGUGAAUAUAGGUAACUGUUGUUUACCCCUUCCAACAGCUCAUUUCUCAACUCUUGCAACAAAAUAGAUCUUCAUCUUUUAAACUUAAUUCAUCCUUCAAACUAUAUGUUUGAAUAUUUUGUCUCAUUUGUUACCUAUAUAGGGGUGUCUAGAUGAUCAAAUUGCAACUUAAUUAAGACUUUUUGGAAUAAAGAAAAUUCUUUAAAUUCAAAAUUAACAGUUUUGUGCCGAUUAAAGUAAUCUAAUGAUUCAAAUUCAUAAUAGACGGCUUCAAAAAAACUUUGUUUUGAUUUGGAUGGUUUCAGGUUUUCACACUAGAGCUGUCUAAAACCUCAGACUCUACAUCUUACCGGUUUCUUUUGGUGGCAGCAGACUUGUCCAGAUGUUUGUCAUGGUGCCUCAACACAAAAAUGCAGCAGCUGUCAAAUGUGCAAUGAAUACAAGAUCACUCGGUGUCUGCAGCUGGAUAACUUUGUAAAGUGCAGAAAACUGUUCCGCACGAGAGAGACAACCUGACGACAAAUGCAUGAGUUUACGUGGGAAUCUGGCCUGAACACCUGACAGGAUUGACUUCAACACUGAAAACAGCUGCUGGUUCCUCAUUUCUGCUGCUUUGGAGUCAUCUAGAUUCUUGUCAAAUGUUCAUAAACACAAACCUACAUCAAACCGUUUUGCAUCUUUGAUAAGCGGGGCCUCAGAUCAACUUCCCGGGACGCUGUCGGAGCUCAAUCAUAUGCAGAAACAGACGUGGUCAAUGGUAAAUGGCGUUUACUGACAGAGCCCCUUCUACCUUCCUUCGAAGGCCCAAAGCGCUUCACAGUCACAGACACAUUCACACAUUCAUACACUGGUGGAGGCUCUGCUGCCGGCAUGUUUGGUUAAUGUCCGCUCUGGUAGCAGCGCAGCCUUAUUUGCAAUGUUUGUAAAAUUGUAAAAGGCCGGUGGCUGAAGAAAAAGUCGUGUUUUAGCCAAUCUGCAAAUUUAAAUCAGACUCUGCACCUAACUUUUGCAGGACACCUCAUCAUCAGACGCUGGUCAGGACAAAAGUUACAAUUUUAUGACUUCUAUAUGAGUUGAUAAAUAUUUUGAAUCAGGCCUAUUUUUUCAUAAAAACAAACAUUCUCUUGUUGAUUUUCUGUUGCAGGCUCAUUUAGUGUCUUUUCAUUAGGAUGGAAAAUAAAUUGUGACAUGUUUGUCGUUUGGAAACCUGCGUGUUUCUGCUUUGCCCCUCCCACAUUUUGCUUUAUUAAUGCAUCAGAAUCACAGAGAAAACAUGAAGGUGGUGUGGUCUCAGAGCCUCUAGACUCCUCAGACCCCUCUCCACUCACAGCUGCGUCAUGCGUCAUGAGAGCUGAACGCCUAGAGUCCUUCACCACAUGUUCAUGUCUGCAUGUGACUCAGCACAUGUGUCCUCCUCAGGACCUGAAUGGAGGACACCGUCGUUGUUUCUGUGUCUUCUUUGUUGUUCCUGUCAGCUUGCAUGCGCGUCUGGUUACAUCCUGCCCCCCCACCCUGAGUAAAGGCUGUUGACAGGACGUCCAAGUGAAAAAUCCCAUUAACAUGACUGUUUGAACUGGAGAGCAGCUAAUGAUGCAGCUGUCAUGGGAAAGCUGAGGAUUCAUUUCUCACUUGCUAAAGGCUGCAGUGUGACCCGAGUCUGGAGAGGAGGAGGAAACUCUCCUCACCUUCCUCAAAGAAGAGAUACAAGAUCCCUCCAUGCUGGGGGGGGCUUCCGGCUCUUUGCAGACAGAUGUCCUCAGAGUAUUUACACCUCUGUCCUUUGUGAGCGUGCCCCACGCUGCGACCUGUGACCGUGGAGCUUUUCUGUUGGUAAACGCAGCUCUUUGUGACUUCUGGUGUUGCGGUGUUGUGUUCUUUCACCCUGAGGGGAGGGGAAUGAUCCAGAUGUGUGGCUUUACAUGAAAGAGGAUCUUUUUCUGUUGCUGUCGGGUGGGUUUUGGGGAGGGUUACCAUGGCUACACUCCAUGGGAAGUAAAGUUCUCAGUAUAUUUACACGUCUCUUAAGCCUCUGCUGAAGACUGAAGACUGUUCACUUAGAGCUCAUUUGAAUUUCUAGAAAUAUUUAGAUUGCUCAACCUGAAUGUGUGCAAUUGUAAUGAUGGAAAUUCAAUAAAAAAAAGAGGUAUUUUUACACA